AUGCAGAAGAGACCUUUUAAGACGUCUGUGCCACAAUUUGGAGGGUGGGAAGAUAAGCCUAAAGGAGUACCAACCGACUACUCCAUGGUGUUCAACCAAGCUCGCGAAAACAAGAAGAAUCAUAAACCAGAUUUUUCUGAAUUCAAGCGUCUCAACGGUGGGAAUGAUCAAAGGGUUGUCUCCAAUACUACAAAUCAUCGUCAUGGUAAUGGUCGUGGUCGUGGUAGUCCUUAUGAUGGUUUGCUACAUAAUCACCCUGAUAAUGAUCAUCAAGAUGAUCCUCCUGUCAUGAAGAGACCUUAUAAGAUGUCUGUGCCACAAUUUGGAGGGUGGGAUAAUAAGUCGAAAGGAGUACCAACAGAUUACUCCUUGUUAUUCUUCCAAGCUCGUGAAAACAAGAAAAAUCUUAAAACAUAUUUGACUAGGCGUGACAGCAUUAGGAAUGAUUCAAGGUUUGCCAAAAAAGCUGCUAAAGCUGCUACGAGUUAUCAACGUCAUCGUGGUCAAGAGCAUUUUACUAGUUGUUCGCGAUAUAAUCAACACGAUCAUGGUCGUUCAGAUCGUCCUGCCAUGGGGAGAGGGAAGAAUAUUUUGAGUUAUAUGAAUUGGUGCAGCUGCAAACCUCAGACAUCAUGA